AUGGAUGUUGUUAAGUGGAUUGAGUAUGGGGUUUUCUUGUUGGUGGAACCUGGGAUUGUUGUCCUGACCCUACUCAUGGCCGCCACCAAAAGACGCAGACAGAAACUUCUAGACGUUCUAACUGGCCGGCCUGGUCUAGUCUACCCAAUGGACACACUGACCAGGUCAGCUAGGUUGUCUUACUGCUGUGCUUUUGGUGCUACAGCUUUCCUUGUCUACGCCAUCUUGUUGGAGAGGAAAUUUGCUAUCGAGUACAAUGGACCAAUAUCAUUAAAAUCUCUGAUAGCCGUGCUGUCGAUGUUCAUGUACGGCAUGACGUUCUUCCCCGUGUUCGCUUCACUGGCGCUGGGCACGGCGUUCUCCUACAGCCUGGGUUCCUUGUACGUCUGGAUGUUUCUGGCACUGGAGAUCUACAAGGUCGCAGAGUGCCAGAUGGAUGGUCUGUCUAGAACACUCCUGCUGGUCCGCGCCUUACCGAGUUUGCUAUGCCUGUCCUACCUCAGCAUCUCCUUGCCGCUGCGGUUCGGCAUCGCCUGCUACAGAGGCCAGUAUGUCCUGCCAGCUGUUGACCUACCCCCAACGACGGAGACCCUGGAGGACAUCAAGGAGUCCUACCAGGGUGCCCAUGUCAGGGCGCUGCUGAAAAAACCUGAACAGAACAAAGCAGUGUUUGGUUUAAAGAACAAGAUAAAAGGAAUGAUUGUCAACAAGUUUAAUGAGCUUAUAUAUCACAAACAGACAGGCUUUAGAUAUUCAUCACGUCUAAUGUCGGUGAUGUUUGUAGCUACCUGUGUCAUUUAUGUGCUUACAGUAGAGAUACUCGUCAGGCUUAUAAUCCUGUUCUCAAUGAUGACGGAUAUCAUCGAAUCAUUGCUGGGAUUUUUGGACGACGAAGAAAGCGACGAGGAGAGCGCUGCGGAAGAAAAUCUUGAGCUGGCAAAAACUCUGUCUGACAUUCUCCUAUGGUCUUUAAUAGUGGCCAUUAGUCUGGCAUGUAUCACCAGUAUAAUAAAUAUCUUACACAUGAUGUCAUCUUUCAGAACAAAUUUGUAUGCCCUGUACAGAGGAGAUAACAGUCACAUCCCACCAGCCUCUACAAAGAGUGCUCCCUCUUUGUGUAUCAAUGAUUUCAUAUCAUGUCUUCCAAAAGCUUACCUGAUCAGCAGUGUCAUCCUGUUCAUAAUCUGUCUGAUUGUUGCUGUAUUUAUACUGGUACUUAUGGAAGGCUACACUGAUUGGCUAGUUAACAAAGUGCUACAAGUAUGGCCCAGUGUUCUCGUGGCUAUUGGUCUGGUGAUUGUUCAAAAACUGCUGGCCACUUUUUUGUUUCUUCAAGAUCGUGGUCAACACUUGCGUUUGGACAACAGGAAUUUCUUCUUCAUCUUCACCUACUUCAUGUUCUUCUACAACAUCUUCCUGGGACUGGUUUCCUGCCUGUUAAGAAUAAUCAAAGCCAUGAUGGUUGGGACGCUAUUUUUAGCUCGACUCGAUAACAGCACCUUGCCCCGGAAAUUUGAAUUUUUCGACCCAGGCUUUGCAGCUUAUCAGGGCUACAUACACAUGGAGGCGGCCCACACCCACCCAGUAGUGAAUGUGUUCCUUAGACUCCUCAUUAGCUUAAGCAAGUCACGUGCCACCCAGAAAGAGAAAUACAGUCUCGUCGAUAUGCCAGAUGCUGAUGACACAACAAAGUUGGAGUUGAAAGCCAGUGAGGCAAUUGAUAAACGACCAGUGAAUAUUGCUGCAAGGUUUAACUGGCACGUCACCUACACACUUCUGCAUAACCCAACUGUGAGACUCUACAGAAAGGGAUUCAUGCAAGCUUUAAAGAUAGCACAAAGGGACGGCUUGAAGGUUCCUAUUAGUGACAAGCCUAUAACAAACUUCGACCUUGUGAAAACACAAGAAGAACGAGAGAAGGAAAGACAAGAGGAAAUACAAAGAAUCCAGUCUGAACAACAAGGAAAGAAAGAUGGCUUUUCUAUUCUAAAUUUCAAGAAAAACAUCAACAGUAACUCUGGUCAAAAAGAGGGGAAGUCAAAAAAGAAAGGGCUGAGUUGGUUCAGGGGGAAGAAAAACUCAGAAGAAACACAAACGUCUGUGAGCUUUGAUGAGAAAGAAAGUGAAAACCUAGAGAAGCAAACUGUAGCCUAA